UAUGAAGAAAUAMAACUCCGAGAGCAAUUCGUCAACAAAUGAGGGAAGGGGAGCACCAGAAGKAGGAUUGCGGUAUCUCUUUCGACACUUCUGAMGGGGACGCAUGGUAUCGGACCAUAGACAAGACCAGAAUGGCGGGAAUGAGGAAGCCCCRUCGACGUGGUGCCUACGGCAUUGGAUUGUCUACAUGGCURCCAUUGUUGAUCCUGGCCUUGUCGCUCAGCUCGAUUGUUUUUGUCGCCCGAUACACGGCGGAGAUUAUGGUGGAGACAAUCGAGACAKUGGCGAUCGAAGGUAUAGAUGGAUCUCGCGGUUUGUCGUCACGAGCAACAAUAUCCAAAGUAGGAAAGACGAUUAUCGAACAGAAGCAAUCACGUGGCAUUGGUACCAUURAUGCCAGGGCUUUUCUAAAUAUUAGGAGUGGAACGAAGUUGGAACAUAUUGCGGCAACAGAAAWAAAUUUGGAACACAAGCAACACUACCGAUACAAAUUAGGUCUGAUAAGAAUACUGGGAAAUGCGAUACCGCCAAAAGGAGAUGAACACCAGACCUUGCAGAACCUKGAGUUUUUGUUGGCAAAUGAACCCRCAUUCGAGUCCACCGUUGACAAGCACUGGAUUCUAAACAGAAUCGCCAGCGAUGACUUUCUGCGUCGAAUAUCAUGGCUACUGAAUCGAUACAACCAAACCUUCUCCGUUUUGCCCUUUCGCAUCGAAGAAUACGAAUCAAAGCCAUAUCGAUACGUCAAAGCCAGUAAAACCAUAGCACUCGGCAUAAACAACAAAAACAAUCAACAUCAUUUGGAUUUGAUUCGAAACCGAUCCUUUUGGGAAACCAAGGAAAACCACGAGGGGACGAGAGGGGAGACGGACCAAGAGAGGAACAAAUAUGUCGACGAGUUGUACGUUGACAAAAAGCGUUACGUCACGAACCAAAACAAUGCACGAAAUUUUGCCAUUGAGUGGUACAGUUCGAAAAAUGCCACGGUGGUUGUCGAUUACGUCCUGCCCUGGGACGGGGACUGCUUCCUGAGCGAAAAGGCACACGAGGCGCUGCACAACGACCUCGAGAAACACAACGACGAGCAGCAACAGCGGAUUCGAGCAGCGAGAGCCCUCRUCCGGAGCGAAGUUCGAGCAGAUGAUGACGAUGUCUCUUUGAUGAACAUCGGAGACGAUUUCAUCGACAGCGAGAUCAGAAAGUUCGUAAACCCUGAUAGCAUACACAGUGGCAAAUUGAACGCUCCAAUCAACUAUUUUUAUGCUCCCGUUUCGGAGCAACAASARAUCGGAGGCAACCACCAGGAAGGAGAGACCGAAUCYGUUUCCARCAUACACUUUAAACCCAUUCAGACGAAGGGUCAACUACCACAGAUUGUGCUUCAUCGAAACGCAAAAAAACGAUUCGAUCCCAACGGUACGAGCGAGGUCUCAGUGCUACAGAAGUUACAAAUUGAGGGACCCUGGAACGGAAACAUUAAAGACUACAUCAUCCCUCCCUAUGACUACAACUAUUAUCCACAUCUUUCUGAGGAACGUGGAGCAAGCGGAUUCCUACCAUACCCCGAACUCGGCCAUGGGUCUGGUGCUGUAGCUACACCGGCUGUGGGCUGGGCGACUCGAUCGGUAUCUGGGAAAUCCAAUCUAGGUGCGAAGAACGAUGCCUCUCUAAAAUAUGGAAUGGUCGCGUUUUACCAGGAGUUGGAUGCGCUGGCGGUGAGCAAAAUCCACUAUGCUAGCGAUGACAAACAACAAGAGGCAGMCAAUGCUUCGCCUUACAUGUUUUACAACCAAACCAUUUUGGAAAUGGAAGCGCGUGCCUGGGGAAAGGAGAACAACAACGCGAAAGAGAGUGASCAAUCUAUAUCAUCACUCAGCCGACUGGUUCAAAARCUGAUUGAGUCUGCGGAUCUAUCUCUGCAACACAAGCACGAGAACCUUACAAUCCGAGAUCGAAGGUCGCUAGAAGGAUUCCUAUCAAAUUUCACCGUUUUGGGAUUGGCGUACGAGCUCACUGGAAAGCGCACAUACGCCAAGAGAGCCGCGGAACUCAUCCAAAAARAWUUUGUGGAUCCAGAAACCCUAUGGUACCCAACACUGGGUGAAAAGAAACGGUUUAAUUUGAUAGGUGAUGGCGCUGACUCUCCACAAAGAGUCAAGUUCGGAAUUGCAGAUUUCAAGGAUGUUCGCAGCUUCAUCGAUGCGGUCCAAAUGGAGAGAAAAGCAGGAGCAUCACCCUACGACUCUUUUGAUUUGUUAGAUUUCAAGGACAUUUAUUUCUUCCUUGACGCCAUGAGAAUGGUCGAAAAAUCGGGAGAAUUGUCCGAAACGCAGCGGUCCGGUGUUCGAGAUUGGUUUCGAAUGUAUCUCGACCAACUGGUGUCCUCGGGAAAGGUUGCCUAUUACGAUGACGGUUAUCGUGGACUAUAUUAUGACAUUCAAUUGAUAUCCAUCGCAACCUUUGUCGGGAAUCAUMCAUUAGCAGUAAAAAGCGCACACGAGUCCGUCUCGAGAUUGAUCGGGGACAUCAACAAGUUGCAUGGCAUAGUUGAUGGUCGAUUAUCUCUAUCGUGCGAAGACAACCUCAUGUUUACAUUGGAGGGUUGGAUCGUCAUGGCACGCAUGCUGUCCAAGAUGGGCAUCGAGCUAUGGAAAAAGCUCCCAGUGAAACGGGAAUUCAACGUAUAUUCACAAAAGUCGAGAAAGCAGAUGAAAAAGGAAAAGUACCAACCGGUGCUGUGCCGGGCACCGGUGUUUGCUUUUCUUUUAUCGCAGGAUCCUGGGUCGUGUGCUGGUCGCAGCCCCUCGGAGUUUGGGCGGCACGGGGGAGACGAAUAUGAUAGGUGGCUACCGAUUCACGCGACCGUACAGCAAUGGGAUUGUCCGUCCCCAAAAAGGAACGAUGACGAACAAUAUGACACCAAUAGCCAUUAUGCCAUGGAGCCACUCUACGAUUUUUCUCCAGAGUAUAGCGGCUACCACUCGAUCGCUCCUUUUUGGAAUUUAGGGCUUGGCAUUGACAUCAGUUUUGAUUGAAUAGAGCCGUAAAAGCGUACAGGAAACACGAUAGAUAAAAAUUGCAACAAGUAUAUUAAGAAGUUAGAGCAUGCUUCGUUUCUGCAUGGUACAAGUGAUUCGAGGAAAAAACAAACAUGUAACAUGCAGGUAUAGGUAGAAUAUGAUUGAUGAUUUCCAUUUGUUGGUUUCGAAUGGUGCUAAAUAGUUGUAACAAUCUAACCUCUCGCAUAUAGACACUAUUAGAAUGAGUACAGUACAUACAGACUCAGUUGAAUAAACCGAAAGCUGUAUU